AUACGCAUUCAGCCAGUGACAUUGAUAGUUAAAUGACAGCACAGCAGUAAUUGUAUAUAUAUACAGGUACUUAACCGGUUAGCGGUUAAAUUAUUUUAUGAUGCUGACAAUGCAGUGGCUCUUUUUCGUACUUAUUGUUUUAAUUGCACCUUCCGUUUAUGAAGCUUCGAAUGCUGCAACCGGUUCAGUUGGACUAGACGAGCUUUCAUUUGAUAAAGUUAUUAAUAAAUUCGAAGCUUCACUGGUGAAAUUCGAUGUCGCGUUCCCGUAUGGCGACAAACACGAUGCUUUCGUGGCACUCGCGAAGGAUGCAAAAGAUUUGGACGAUCUUCUGAUCGCGGAAGUAGGAGUAAAGGAUUAUGGUGAAAAGGAUAAUGAAGAACUGGCGAGUAAGUACAGCGCCACAAAAGAUAAUUUUCCUGUCGUGAAACUGUUUAUUAAAGGUAGGAAGGAACCCAUAUCCUUUGAUGAAAGUAAAGGCUUCACUAGUGAUGAAUUAAGGAGGUUUAUUAGAGAGAAGACAGGGAUGUACCUGAGCCUACCAGGAUGUGUAAAAGAACUAGAUAAAUUUGCUCAAAAAUUUAUGAAGGCCAAUGUUGAUGAUAGAAAGAAGUUAUUGAAGGACACUGAAGAUAUCCAAAAGAAAUUGUCAAGCAAGGAUGCUGCAUCUGGAAAAAUUUAUAAAACAAUAAUGGAAAAGAUCUUAGAAAAAGGUGAUGAUUUUAUCAACACAGAGAGUGAACGAGUGAAGAAAAUCCUCAACAGCAAAGUAUCAGAGGAGAAGAAAAAAGAACUUGGAAUCCGCACUAAUAUAUUGCAAACAUUCCAACUAGCCACAAAUAUUAAAAAUGAAAAUGAUGAACUGUGAUGAAGAACAAGACAGUUCCUCAUUAAAAAGUUUUAAAUUCAUAUCUGCUUAUCACUGAUAUGUAAAAAAGUAACUUUUGACAACUUUGAUUUUGUCAACCUGAGAAGUGCUGAAUAAAGUAGUUUAAAUAUUUCAACAUUCCAUUUUCUAUCAUUCUAGACAUAUCUUAAGGUGUUUACGAUGACAUGAUAUAACCAAAUAUGGCCAUGGCUAACUGUGUUGCCAAGCCACCAUAGUUUGUAAAUUUUAAUAUAUAUAUUCUUUAUUGCUCUUGUGAAUUACAUAGAUAGGACAGUUAUAAAUAUUGUAAGCAAGGUUGGACUUACGUCUGAAUAUCUUCCAAUAUUUAUUCAUUGUGCACAAUUAGGGUUUUAUUUUUUCAACUUGCUGCUGAAUUAAUGAAUUUUAAUUUUGAUAUUUAAGUUUUUUUAUAAUUAAACUGUGAUGGACAUAUGUUUGUGAGAAUAGAUUGCACAAAUGCACUGAAUGUAUGCAAAUAAAGUGUGAUAAAA